AUGAAGGAAGGUCUUGUUUGCGUAGAGGGACAUUGUCUUCCUUAUAACUUGGAUGACCAAUGCUCUGACUACACUUUUGUGCAGCUUGCCGAUCCUCAACUCGGUCUACUCGAGCGAUACAUCGAGAAACGUGAUCCACCAUUCCAUUGGGAUCGUGAGCUCGCCCUUGUGGAUCGUGCGGUAUCAGCCAUCAACAAAAUUUCACCAAGGCCGAAAUUUGUUUUUAUUUGUGGUGACUUGGUUGAUGCGGAGCCUGGAAAUUGUGACCGCAGGCACCAGAUAACUGAUCUAAAGUCGUCCUUGCACAAUCUCUCCUCUGGCCUACCUGUCUUCGUUCUUCCUGGAAAUCAUGACAUUGGGAACAGCCCGUGUAUGGCUGAUAUUGAGGACUAUAAGUCCCACUGGGGAGACGAUUACUACACGUUUUGGUGCGGCGAUGUCAAAUACCUCGUGAUCAACUCCCAACUUUACUGGGAUUGCAAGAAUUGCCAGUCGGCAGCCGCGGCACAAAACGCCUGGUUAAAUGCUGAACUCUCCGCGGAGGAGAACGCUGGUGCAAAGCAACUCGUGGUGUUCCAACACAUCCCACCUUUCAUUAAGUCGGCCGAUGAAGAUGGUGGCUAUUUCAAUCUCUCAAAAGAAACGCGCAUGGACCUGCUCAGUAAGUACUACCAAGCGGGAGUGCGGUUGGUCUUCUCUGGUCACCUUCACUACAACGGUGGAGGUCCUUGGUGUCCAACGGCUGACGCAUCAGGUGCUCCCCUCGAAGUUGUCUCCUCUUCAGCUGUUGGGGUGCAAUUGGGGAGUGACAAACCGGGAUUGCGUCUUGUUAGAGUCUCGUCGACUGGUAUUAGCCACAACUCUCCAGAUCAACCUCCAACAGCUCGCUUGCCGUCGCUUCGUCCUCUGCGUGAACCCGCACACGAAUUCGCCAUCCCCCUUACAACUGGCAAAUUUUCCAAGCCAAAACCUACAAGACUCGCCCCUUCGUACCCAGCUGGUGACAGGACACCAACCAAUGGCAGCGUCUUUCGAGUCUGCGCUUACGGGAUUGGUCAGUCGAUCAACAUCGCCCAGGUCUCCCUCACAGUUGACUACCAGACCAUGGGCUAUACCGCACUCCGGCUUCCACCGGAGGUAGCUAACGAGAUCCUUUUUCUCACCACACCCGGUGACGCUGAUGAUCCACGCAUCCAUCGUGACAUCCUCGUCUUCAAGCAAGUCUUUCCCAUUGUUCAACAGGAGUUAUCGUUUUCUGGAACGUGUCGAAUUCCGAGCGAACCCACGUACCUCGACGUCGAAGAUAUUCGUCUGCACGCGAUACCGUCGAGGCAAGACGCCACCACGGCAGAAUCCCCUGGCGGCUAUGAAAAAUUGGUGCAUAACCAGGCCCUGGAGAAGGUGGCGUUUUCUGACGCGCUUGCAUCUUCAGUGAAACUCUCCCUGUUGGAAACGAGUUUUGACGCUGUAGCCGUCCAAAUGCAACCGUGGAUUGAAAAAAUGCAGACUGGCUUGGGUGUUUUCUUCCCGGUGUCUGCAGUUUUCCGCAAAACAGGCGAGCUUUUCACUUUGCGGCAUUUACUGAACAUAAGCACCACGAUAAGCGAGACCCCAGAUUUCUACUGGGAUCGACCAGAAGUUGAGAAGUUAUUUCAAAACUUAAAGAGCGCUCUCAGUGUUCAAAGUCGGACUAAUAUACUCAAUUCCAAACUAAAUACUUGCUGUGAACUGACAGAAAUUCUUACAAACCACCUGGAGGCGCGGCAUUCGUCACGUCUAGAGUGGAUGAUAAUCGUUCUGAUUCUUGUUGAAGUUAUCUUUGAGUUCCAACAUCACUACGAACGGAAAAAGUGGAGCGAAGAGAAGGAAUGCUCGAAUACGUGA